AUGGCAGCGACUGCCGCCAUUGUUGUUUUCAUGUUCAAGCUGGUGAAGAUGCGCAUGAUCUUCUACAGGCUCAAAAAGCAGGGCAUGCCAGUUCCGACAUGGAACUUCGCAGUCGGAAAUCUCACAGUUUUGCCAGACCUCCUCAAACAAUUCCCCGAAGGCUCGCAGCAGUCUGAUGCCUUUACCUUGCUCUCCAACUCCUUCCCCGACUCGGACAACUGCUUCUACGUCGAUCUGUGGCCGUUUACCAGUCCGCUCAUGAUAGUCACGUCGCCCGAGAUGGCGAUUCAGGCAUGUCAGGAAUACGAUCUGCCCAAGCCGCCCAUUCUGAUUCCGUUCUUCGCGCCGUUCGCGGGAGGUGCGAAUCUUUUCGAUAUGAAUGGCGCGGAGUGGAAGAGGUCGAGGGCGCUGUUUAACCCGGGGUUUAGUGAUAGGGUUAUGAUGGAGAGUACGCCGCAUAUCAUCGAGGAAGCCGAAGUUUACGUGGGACUGCUGCGAGAGCAUGCGAAGAAGGGGGAUACGUUUUCUUUGGAUCGAUUGACUUGUGAUUAUAUGAUGGAUCUCAUCGGCGUCAUCACCAUCAACGCACGUCUCCACUCCAUGACCAGCCAUAACGCCCUUGCAGCAGCGAUGCGUAGCUCCAUAGAAUGGAAUUGCCGGGACCAAGAGAUGAACCCGUUCAAGCGCUGGAACCCGUACCGCCCCUGGAUUGAAUGGCGAAACGGCAAAACGAUGGAUCGCUACAUCAGCACGGAGCUCGACAAGCGAUAUGAAGAUUGGAGAAGCAACAAGCCGUCCACCCGCGCCAAGUCUGUCAUGGACAUCACAAUAGCCGCGUACAUGGGCGAGCGCAAAGGAGCGGCCAAGCUCGACCCUGAGUUCAAGCGGUGGGCGACGGUCCAAAUUCGGCUGUUCCUGUUCGCUGGACACGAUUCGACGGCCGCUACCAUCGUAUACAGUCUAUACAUGCUGUCCAAACACCCAGAAGCCCUGGCCAAAGCCCGUGCGGAGCUCGACGAAGUCUUUGGCGCAGGCAACGACACAGCCGCCGGUGUGCUCAAGAAGCAUCCAGAGCAAAUCAACAAGCUCCCUUACAUGAACGCCGUAGUCAAGGAGACUCUCCGCCUCUUCCCACCCGCCUCAGGCAUGCGAGGCGGUCUCCCCGGCAUCUUCCUCCGCGACAAGAACGGCAACAAAUACCCCACCCAAGACAUCAACAUCUGGGUCGUCCACGGCGCAAUCCAGCGUAACCCAAACUACUGGCCCGAACCUCACGCCUUCUUGCCCGAGCGCUGGCUCGUCGAACCUGGUCAUGCUUUGUAUCCACCAAAGGGAGGAUGGCGGCCGUUUGAAUUUGGCCCGAGGAAUUGCGUGGGCCAGACGCUGGCGAUGCUGGAUAUCAAGAUUACGCUGGCUAUGACGGUCCGCGAGUUUGAUGUGAAGGAUAUGUAUGAGGAGUGGGAUCGACUAAACCCUUCGAAGGGAAUUAAGACGGUGUUUGGAGAGAGAGCGUAUCAAGUGCCGCAGGGGGCGGCGCAUCCGGUGGAUGGGUUUCCUUGUAAGGUGAGUAUGCAGGAGUCGUAG